UUCGUUUAAAGGUUGGUACUGAAUUGGCUAGUAGCCGUGCACAGCAAUAGCACGUGUGUUCCGGAUUGGAUGUUUAGGCCCCCAAAAUGUCAACUCUCGAAUAUUGUGAAGAACUCGCAACACGUGGGAGAUCUUCAUGGAAAAACGUGCACAACUGUAAACUAUGUCCCUAUUUUACCACAUCGUUCUUCCUAAUGGUAAACCACGUGCGAGGACACCGUUCAUCUCAGGAAAAAUUUACAUGUUCGAACGCUAAAAUCGAACCUUUUUACUGCAAAGACUGCGAUUUUCAAACCGAAUUCACGAUCGUGUUCAAACAACACAUCGAUCAACAUCAAAAAGAAUCUCGAGACGAUUUACCAAACGAGGACUUGGUUAUCCAAAACUACGUGUGCGAAAAAUGCGACUUCGAAACAAAUUUCGUGUUAAAGUGGCUCCAACAUGUUUCAGCAUGCCCAGGGAAGAAAAAAAACCUCGAAAGUGAAAAAAAUCUAACAUACCAUAUCGGCUGGAUGCUACUUGACGAAAACCGGUAUUUACGACACAACAUGGACAAGCGGCCUGCAUGUGACAAGUGUCCAUUUAAAUGUCAAAGCAAAAUCGACUUAAGGAACCACAGAAAUCGCAUCCACGCAGAAGAACAAUAUUCUGAGUGGCACAAAUGUGACAAGUGUCCAUUUAAAAGCGAAUUCAAAAGUCAAUUACAAAGACACAUCAAUUCGUUACACUUGAACGAACGCCUUAAAUGGUACAAAUGCAAAGAGUGUCCGUUCAAAACUAAAGAUGAAGCGUCUUUACGCUUACACGUGAAACACCUAGAUGAAAAAAAAAAGUGGAAGGAAUGUGAAGAUUGCGCCUACAGGAACAAACAGCUCUCAUACUUAAAAGCUCGUAUAACUUGUCGACAUCUAAACAAAGACAAAGUCAAGCGGUACAAAUGCGAAAAUUGCCCCUUCGAAACCGCUUACCAUUCGUCUUUAAAAAAACACGUGAUUUGUCUACAUUUGGAUGACAAAGAAGUUAAGUGGUACGAAUGCGAAGAGUGUCCUUAUAGAAGCAAACUCGAGAAAGGUUUAAGGAUGCACGUAGAACGUAAACAUUCAAACACACUAGAAGAGUAUAAGUGUGAGUACUGUUCUUAUAAAAGUAAUGCGAAGAAAAAUUUAAAAAGACAUGUGAUGGUCCAUUUGAACAUCAGAUCGCAUCAGUGCGAAUAUUGUCCGUACAAGGCCAAAGACAAAACUUCUUUAAAGUGUCACAUAAACAACCGCCAUUUGGACGGGACGGAUGUUAAGUGGUACAAAUGCGAAUACUGUCCUUUCAAAAGUAAAAACGGGUCGUCUUACAAUUACCAUAAAAAACACUCGUGGAGGUGUGGUUAAUUUAAUAUAAGUUGGGUGUAUUGUGCAAUUAUUAACGCAGAAAAUAAAAAUUAAUAAUGAA